AUGGAGGCUCCCUUUCUUACGCGACUUCAGCAAGUCCAUCUGGGAAUUUCCCCAACGGGCCUGACGACUGUUUCCUCUCACGAAGGAACGCCCGAUCUCUACGAGAAAGAGAACGAUGCGUUGCAAGCCCGUCUUCUCAGAUUAUGCUCCUCGCAUCUUUGGCCUCAUGACUCUCACGAUGCUGCUUGCCCACGGCCGAUCCUUUGGGCCCCUCAGCAUCAGGAACAACUCGCUACCCUUCACACGGCAUUAGCGACGGCCCUUACCGAUGUUGUGGAGCGUUGGUGGGUGGACUCGGAGGCUAAAUUUCCGGCUCGGAUGCCUCUUGAGAAAGCCGAGGAAGACAUGCUGCGGUGGCUCGAUACUCAGAAUAUCCCGUAUCGCAACCGUCUGGGCUCCUGGAGACCGGACUUUCUCGUCGAGGAAGACUCUGCCAGCCCAGAAGGUGUCGAGAACUUUCGCAUCACGGAGAUCAACGCGCGCUUUUCGUUCAAUGGAACCAUGCAUGUAUUGCACGGACAAGCUGCCCUGGAAUCUCUUGGGGCUGGCGAGAAUGGGAUCACUCAUGCGACGGACACGAAAAAGAUUGUCGAAGGACUUUUAAGCCUUUUUGACCCAGAACGUCCAAUGCAUCUCCUCAAAGGGACCGAGCCGGGCAUGGAUAUUCACAUGUUCAUUGAUUUUCUCGGCCGACAUUUGGGUAUAAAACCCCGGCUCAUUACCCCCGAUGAUCUACGUCUAGUGCACAGCCCAGAGGGUCAGAAUGGCUACAAGCUGUGCUGCCUGGUCCAGAGUGAGGAUAUAGAUGUUUUCCCGUUCGCUCCUCGCUUGCAUACCAGUGACGGGAAGCUUGUUGAAGAAAUUCAACAGGUUGGGCUCGAGCUUCACCAGCGCGAGCUUUUCGCCAUGGAGCCAGAAAUGCUCCGUCAGGUCAUCACCCGCUGUUUCAACGAUAUGCGCACUGUUCUUCUUGUCCACGACAAGCGUAUGCUGGGUAUCCUGAAACAGGAGAUCCCGUCCUUGGUGGCUCGGAAUGUGCUCACUCCGACACAUGGGGAAGCACUCACCAAAGGCAUUGCAGAUACGAUUCUGCCGGGGUCCCCCGAGAUGCAGCGUUUGAUUCAAGCCUGCCAGGAAGAUGGCGAGCAGCGAAAGCAGUAUUUACUCAAGCCGGUUCGCGGAGGCAAAGGUGCUGGCAUUCUCUUUGGCGACCAGCUCGAUGCCGAAGGAUGGCAGUGCAUCCUAGAGCGUCUCCGGGACGCAACCUUGCACAAGAACUGCACAAACUAUGUAGUUCAGCGGUACGUUCCUCCAGCCUUGUACGACCUCAUUAUUUCAGCAUCAGGGGAGCGUCACCGAAUGCCCCUUGUUGGGACGUACCACGCGGCCAGUGGUCAGCUGCUGGGCUUAGGAAUCUGGCGAACCAGCUCUAAUCGCAUUUGCGCAGUCAGCAACGGAGGGUCUUGGAUUUGUUCUGUCAUGGCGCCAUAG